UGGGGCGCGAGUGCGGCCGCGGCCUCGGACCAUGGCGCGCGCGGGGCUCGGCCUGGGGCUCGGGCUGGCGCUGGCGCUGGCGCUGGCGUUGGCUCUGUCGCGGGCCAAGCCCACGGUGCGCAAGGAGCGCGUGCUGCGCCCCGACUCCGAGCUGGGCGCGCGGCCGGCCGAGGACAACGGCAGCUUCCAGUACGACCACGAGGCCUUUCUGGGCCGCGAGGACGCGCGCGGCUUCGACCAGCUCAGCCCCGAGGAGAGCAGGGCUCGGCUAGGGAAGAUCGUUGACCGCAUCGACAGUGACGGGGAUGGCUUUGUCACUACCGAGGAGCUGAAAGUCUGGAUCAAGCGGGUGCAGAAGAGAUACAUCUAUGACAAUGUGGCCAAGGUGUGGAAGGACUACGACAGGGACACAGAUGGCAAGAUCUCCUGGGAGGAGUACAAACAGGCCACCUACGGUUACUACCUGGGGAACCCCGCAGAGCUCCAGGACAGUGCCGACCACCACACCUUUAAGAAGAUGCUGCCCCGGGAUGAGAGGAGGUUCAAGGCCGCAGAUCUGGACGGGGACCUGACAGCCACGCGGGAGGAGUUCACCGCCUUCCUGCACCCCGAGGAGUUUGAGCACAUGAAGGAGAUCGUGGUUUUGGAAACCCUGGAGGACAUCGACAAGAAUGGGGAUGGAUUCGUGGACCAGGACGAGUACAUCGCGGACAUGUUUUCCCAUGAGGAUGGUGGCCCGGAGCCGGACUGGGUCCUGUCGGAACGGGAGCAGUUCAAUGAUUUCCGGGACCUGAACAAGGACGGGAAGCUGGACAAGGAGGAGAUCCGCCACUGGAUUGUCCCCCAGGAUUACGACCACGCUCAGGCCGAGGCCAGGCACCUGGUGUACGAGUCCGACAAGAACAAGGAUGAGAAGCUCACCAAGGAGGAGAUCCUGGAGAACUGGAGCAUGUUCGUGGGGAGCCAGGCCACCAACUACGGCGAGGACCUGACCAAGAGCCACGAUGAGCUCUGAGGCCGCCCAGCCGGCCGCCGCCGUGGUCCCCAGUGGAGCCAGUUUAUGCCUCAGAUUGGGGUAAAAGGUUUUUCACCCAGUACUUACUGGAAAGUUAUCAGCACUGUUUUUUUUCAGUAAGAUUCAAAACACAUUGAAAUCCUGGCAGGCGGCGUUUGUCAUGGGGCUCUCUGGCUAUGGCAUGAGUUUCUCAGUGGUUCAUUUUGUGUUAUUUUGUUUUGUUUUGUUUUCCUACUAAGUUUAAGAUCAGAGGAGAAUGGAACUGGAGAAAGCCUGGGCCUGGAUGGCUGGGCACAGCGCUGGAGCCUGUGCCCACUCGGAUCGUCAGGCUUUUCUGUCCGCUGUUACUAAGCAGUGGGCGGGAAAUCCUGAAACCGGGGGUGGUGUUCCAUGGGCUCACUGCGGGGCAAGCUCGAGGGUCCCUGUCUGCCUUUUCCACAUUGUUCUCUGAGCUGGUUCUGUAAGUCACUAGGAAACUUGAGUGUAUUUCUCUGCAGAGCCCUCCUAAUGUGCACAAUCAACCCGCAACUUUGUUUUUCAUUUCUGUAGUAAGUAGCAAUCAUGAAAGAUAAUGUGAACAGGAAAGGAAUUUUACAUGUGGUUAAAAAAUAAAAGAAAGGAGCUGUAAGAGGAUGGUGAACACUUUCUCUGUACUUGAGAACAGCCUCUCCAUGCGGGAGCCAGGCAGAUCUGAUCUCUGAAAUAGGGGCUAGAAGCAACCCACUUCCUCAACGAUCCUGCAUCACAGUGAGGCCCUGGGAUCCCAGGGGCCACAUGGAGUUUGCAAAACCCAUCCCUCAGUGGCCUUCAACAAGGAAUUAGGACACGGUGGCCCUUGAGCCAUCACGGAACUGGCAGAAAUGGUGGCUGCAGGCUGUAAUUGUACCUGUGAGGUGAGGGGAGGAAAUAAAGGACCUGCUUGAGGCUC